AUGACCCUACACCGUCGCUCUGCCGUCACCGGAACGCUGAAGCAUAAAUCAGCCUUUAGCCUUUCAAUAGCCGAUGCACAGCUCAACAACCGAGCUGAGCCAGUGGAUGUGCUGAAGGCUCUGGACUUCAAGAGCUCACCAGUAGGCGUCAAGAAAACUCCUGGAUUCUGCACGAUGCGCCGAGGCUCCAAACCCGACAUUGCGUACCGAGUGAGCAAGAAUGCUCAGAUUAGCGCUCCAACCAAACAGCUCUUCCCAGGCGGAGUUUUCCCAGAAGACUUUUCCAUCAUGUUCACCAUCAAGGCAAAAUCAGGCCUGCAGUCCUUCCUGUUGUCGGUGUACAACGAGCAGGGCAUCCAACAGCUGGGUGUGGAGGUGGGCCGUGCGCCUAUCUUCCUGUACGAAGACCAGCACGGAAAGCCAGUCCCUGAGGAGUACCCUCUUUUCCGCUCCAUCAACCUGGCAGACGGCAAGUGGCAUCGUGUGGCCAUCAGUGUGGAGGGGAAGCGUGUCACCAUGAUUGUGGAUUGUAAAAGAAAGGUUACCAAGACUCUAGCCAGGGGUGAAAAAGCGGCUAUCAACACGCAAGGCAUCACCGUCUUUGGCACCAGAAUCCUGGACGAUCAAGUCUUCGAGGGUGACAUCCAGCAGCUGCUGAUCGUGGCAGACCCCAGGGCUGCCUAUGACUACUGUGAACACUACAGCCCUGACUGUGAAACCCCCAACCACCAGGACACGCCUCAGGCUCAGGAACCUGAAGAAGAGUACACUAACUAUGAUUAUGGUGAGCUAUAUGACUACAGCGAAGGAGCACUUACCACUGAACCUGCCCCAACUGAAGGAGCCAAGACUGAGACCGUCGUAGACGGUGACUAUUUCACUGAUUAUGACUACACCAUUGUGGACGGAAGUCAACCUGAAACUCCUACAGCAGGCCAGACAUACGAAGAGGGAAAUGUCGACGAUUACGUCACUGGUGUGGAACAGGUCGGGGCAGACCCCACUCCAGCUGUGGAAACUGUCGCCCCAGUAAACCCCAAUGAGAAUGUGAAGGGUAGCACCGACACUUACGAAUUCAGGGAAUACGACCUCAAUGAAGGGGAGGAGACUCAUGAGACACCCAUUGAGUAUGGCGACUAUGGUGACUACGGCACAACAACUGACACCAAGGUCUCCACGGGUGAGGAAGAGUUCGGCCCUGGUGUUCCUGCUGAAACCGACUACAGGGAGAGUGGAAGCCAAAGUUACCUGGGAGAGAAAGGAGAGAAGGGAGAACCCGCCGUCAUUGAGCCAGGGAUGCUUAUAGAAGGACCCCCAGGAUCCCCCGGCCAAGCAGGUGUCCCUGGUACCCCAGGACUGCCGGGUCCCCCAGGGCCCCAUGGAGAUAUUGGCCCGAGGGGUCCUCCAGGACGACCUGGAAUUCCAGGUUCUGACGGUGUCCCUGGGCCUGCAGGUACCAUUCUGAUGCUUCCAUUCCGAGGAGGCGGUGAGGCACACAAAGGACCUGUGGUGACUGCACAACAGGCUCAAGCGCAGGCCAUCCUUUCCCAGGCUAGGCUGGCCAUGAGAGGUCCGCCAGGGCCGGCGGGCAUGGCGGGACGGUCCGGUCCUGUGGGUGGUCCUGGUGCUCCCGGUCUUAAAGGGGACAGCGGCGAUAACGGACCACAGGGCCCCAGAGGUCUUCAGGGUCCAACUGGCCCCCCAGGAAAGGCAGGAAAGAGGGGCCGUAACGGAGCUGAUGGUGCACGGGGAAUGCCAGGAGAGCCCGGAACCAAGGGCGACCGAGGUUUUGACGGCCUUCCCGGUCUACCCGGAGAGAAGGGUCAUCGUGGGGAACAUGGUCCGACAGGGCCUCCAGGGCCUCCAGGAGAAGACGGGCCAAGAGGAGAAGAUGGCCAGGUUGGACAGAGAGGUGUGGCUGGAGAGGGCGGUCCCCGAGGUUUGCUUGGCCCCAGAGGUUCUGCGGGUCCUGCAGGACAGCGCGGUCUUCCUGGACUUGACGGGCAAGCAGGUCCCAAAGGAAACAUGGGUGUACAAGGAGAGCCAGGUCCUCCCGGACAGCAGGGCUUGCCUGGUCCUCAUGGUCUUAUUGGGCCUCAAGGUCCAAUCGGGCCUCCUGGUGAAAAAGGACCUCAAGGUAAACAGGGUUUGGCCGGCCUGGCUGGUGCCGAUGGACCUCCUGGUCACCCAGGUAAAGAAGGUCCCGCCGGAGAGAAAGGAGCAGCUGGUUUCCCCGGACCAAUGGGAUCCAUCGGUUACCCCGGGCCCCGUGGCGUGAAAGGAGCAGAGGGAAUCCGAGGUCUAAAAGGUGGCAAAGGAGAAAAGGGAGAAGAUGGCUUCCCUGGCUUCAAGGGUGACAUGGGCCUUAAGGGUGACAAGGGUGAGGGGGGUGUAAUGGGACCCCGAGGAGAGGAUGGACCUGAGGGACCAAAGGGCACAUCAGGGCCAAAUGGCGAGACUGGACCUAUUGGUUCAGCUGGAGAGAAGGGAAAGCUUGGAGUUCCUGGCUUGCCCGGGUACCCUGGAAGACAAGGUUCCAAAGGCUCUAAUGGCUUCCCCGGUUUCCCCGGCUCUAACGGAGAGAAAGGCGCAAGGGGAGUUGCUGGCAAAUCCGGACCUCGAGGCCAGCGCGGCCCCACGGGUCCACGUGGUGGGCGUGGUGCCAGAGGACCUACAGGAAAACCAGGAGCAAAGGGUACCUCAGGCAGUGAUGGACCCUCAGGACCACCAGGAGAGAGGGGUCCUCAAGGACCACAGGGACCUGUAGGCUUCCCCGGACCAAAGGGACCCAAUGGUCCAGCAGGAAAAGACGGACUGCCAGGACACCCAGGACAGAGAGGAGAGACAGGCUUCCAAGGAAAGACCGGACCACCAGGCCCUGGGGGCGUUGUUGGACCUCAAGGUCCUACCGGAGAGACUGGUCCCAGUGGAGAACGAGGACACCCAGGUUCCCCGGGCCCACCUGGAGAGCAAGGUUUACCAGGUGCUGCUGGAAAAGAGGGCGGAAAGGGAGAUCCAGGUCCUCAGGGGCCCGGCGGCAAGCCAGGUCCUGCUGGUCUCCGGGGCUUCCAGGGGGCAAGAGGUCUUCCAGGCGCCAAUGGUCCAGGUGGCUUAAAAGGAGGAGAAGGGCCCCAGGGUCCCCCUGGCCCCAUUGGUUCCCCCGGUGAGAGGGGUGCCGCUGGCCCCGGCGGUCCCAUUGGCUUGACCGGACGCAACGGUCCCCAAGGACCACCAGGCCCUGCUGGCGAAAAGGGAGCACCCGGAGAGAAAGGUCCCAUGGGUCCUGCUGGCCGCGAUGGCAUCCAAGGUCCUGUCGGUCUCCCCGGUUCGGCCGGACCGCAGGGCCCACCCGGAGAGGACGGUGACAAGGGAGAAGUUGGUGGUCCAGGACAGAAGGGAGGGAAAGGAGACAAGGGCGAACUCGGUCCACCUGGCCCAAGUGGACUUCAGGGUGUGAUCGGAGCUCCUGGUCCAGCUGGUAGCGAUGGCGAGGCGGGCCCCCGAGGACAGCAGGGAAUGUUUGGCCAGAAAGGAGACGAAGGAUCUCGAGGCUUCCCCGGUCUUCCGGGACCCGUCGGAUUGCAGGGUUUGCCCGGCCCUCCUGGUGAGAAGGGAGAAAAUGGAGACGUUGGAGCCAUGGGUCCUCCUGGACCUCCAGGUCCCCGUGGCCCCCAGGGACCAGGUGGAGCUAGUGGAGCUCAAGGCCCCCCGGGUGGUAUUGGAGGACCAGGAGCAGUUGGCGAGAAGGGAGAAACCGGCGAGGCUGGCAACCCAGGAUCACCUGGAGAACCAGGUUCAGCAGGCCUUCGCGGAGAAACUGGCGAGAAGGGAGAAGCUGGACCACCUGGUGCUGCAGGACCUGCCGGGGCACGUGGACCUUCUGGAGAUGAUGGUCCCAAGGGUAACCCUGGCCCUGUUGGCUUCCCCGGAGACCCUGGUCCCCCUGGUGAGCCAGGUGCUGCUGGCCUUGACGGUUUAGGAGGUGACAAGGGAGACGACGGAGAGCCUGGUCAACCUGGUCCCCCAGGUCCUUCUGGAGAGGCCGGAGUACCAGGACCUCCUGGCAAACGUGGACCCAUUGGACCGGCGGGACAGGAAGGACGACAAGGAGAGAAAGGAUCCAAGGGUGAAGCUGGAGCUGAGGGACCACCUGGAAAGACCGGCCCCGUGGGAGCCCAGGGACCUGUAGGAAAGUCAGGUGCCGAGGGUCUACGAGGAAUUCCAGGCCCUGUUGGCGAGCAAGGACUUCCUGGUGCCUCUGGAAAAGAUGGCCCUCCUGGACCUCUUGGACCACCUGGACUUCCUGGUAUGAAAGGCGACUCUGGAUUCAAGGGAGAGAAGGGUCACCCAGGUCUCAUCGGUCUGAUUGGACCUCCUGGAGAGUCAGGAGAGAAGGGAGACAGAGGUCUGCCAGGACCACAGGGCUCCUCUGGUGGCAAGGGUGAAUCUGGUAUUAUGGGCACUCAAGGUCCUCUGGGUCCCCCUGGUCCUCCUGGUAUUCCUGGAGCUCAUGGACAAAAAGGCUCCAAGGGAGCAAUUGGUGCAGCUGGUCAAAAAGGAGACCCUGGAUUGAUGGGACCACCUGGACCCCCUGGCCCGACAGGUGACAUCAUCCAGUCGCUGCCCAUCCAGCACGUGUCCAGAAAGAACAGGCGACACGCUGAGGAGCAAGGAGAUGAAGCAGCGGCUGACUAUGCCGUCGAUGGCCUGGCUAUGGAGGACGUGUUUGGCUCUCUCAACAACCUCAAGCAGAACAUCGAACGCAUGAAGUUCCCGCUGGGCACUGCUGACAACCCUGCCCGUACCUGCAAUGACCUGCGCCUCAGCCAGCCUGACUUCCCAGAUGGUGAAUACUGGAUCGACCCCAACCAGGGUUGCAUUGGAGAUGCCAUCAAAGUGUUCUGUAAUUUCACGGCGGGCGGAGAGACGUGUAUCAACCCAGACAAGAAGUCCUCAGGGGUCAGAAUAUCCAACUGGCCCAAGGAGACGCCUGGUUCCUGGUUCAGUGAAUUCAAACGUGGAAAAAUUCUCAACUAUGUGGACGUAGCCGAGAACAGCAUCAACGCAGUGCAGAUGACCUUCUUGAAGCUGUUGAGCUCGUCGGCACGCCAGAAUUUUUCAUACGUGUGCCACCAGUCGGCGGCCUGGUACGAUGCCAAGGCCGACAACUACGACAAGGCUCUGCGCUUCCUAGGCUCCAACGAUGAGGAAAUGUCGUAUGACAACAGCCCUUUCAUCAAGCCACUCAUCGACGGCUGCGCGUCUAAGCAGGGCUACUCCAAGACAGUUCUGGAGAUCAACACCCCUCGCAUCGACCAGCUGCCCAUCCUUGACGUGAUGCUCACCGACUUUGGCGACUCCAACCAGAGGUUUGGCUUCGAAGUGGGCCCUGUCUGCUUCCUCGGCUAG